ACUCCGAAAGAAUGAUAAAAAUUAACCAAAAGCGGGAAAUAACUCACGUUUUCAAAGAAUAUUUUUUAUCAACGUAACAUAUUUUUGAUCUAGUAUCUAAACUGUGAAAUGGAAUAAUAAAAGUAAAUGUAAUUAUAAUCAAAAAUACCAUGCGUCACAAACAUAACAACUUUUCCAAAUGGAAAUUAAUAUAGAAGUAAAUGACGAAGGAAGUUAACCUUAAAUGGCUAUACGAAUAGGAAGUACCCGCCCUUUUGAAUCCGCCAUAUUGUCUUUGUCUUCCGCUUUAAGAAGCGACUCACAGAAGGGUGGCAAAUAAGAUUAAAAGAUUGGUUAUACUUCUGUGUAGAUUUCCAUUUUUUAAUAUUGGUUACAUUACUGGAUAAUUGCGUGAAAAUGUCAGAGGUCAACGCGGAUCAUGUUGACUCUAUGGAGGAGGAACUAGAGGUAGAAUCGAAUUACAAGCCUCCACCAGAGAAAACAAUAGAACAAAUUCUAGAAGCGGAUAGAGAGGAUGAAAGUUUACGGAAAUAUAAGGAAACGCUUCUAGGGGAAGCAAAGUCUGGCGGUAUCGUUGUAGAUCCAGACGAUCCCAGAAAGGUAAUAGUUAAGAAAUUGGCGCUUUGCGUCGCAAAUCGCCCAGACAUGGAAUUAGAUUUAACGGGAGAUCUAUCUCAACUAAAAAAACAAACUUUUGUAAUAAAAGAAGGCGUGAGUUAUAGAAUCAGGAUCGACUUCAUCGUGCAACGCGAAAUCGUGCACGGUCUAAAGUAUAUUCAGAAGACCUAUCGUCUCGGCGUACCCGUGGAUAAAAUGAUACAUAUGGUUGGUUCUUAUCCACCGAAAACAGAAGUGCAAUCGUACACCACUCCAGCGGAAGAUGCGCCAUCCGGAGUAAUGGCGCGUGGAUCCUACAACGUGAGCUCCUUGUUUACCGACGAUGACAAGCAUGAACAUCUGAAGUGGGAGUGGUCGUUUGAAAUAAAAAAAGACUGGAAAGAAUAAGGUUCUUUUCGUAACAGGAAAUCAUACUAACAAUCGCGAUUGAAAUAAAAAUGCCAAAAGGGACUCUAAUUUUAAUAGAUACACAACCGUAAUGCGAUGCCAUAACUGUAGUUUUUAAGUAACAAGAGAAAGAGUAAUGUUGAUAUUUAUUUAGGUACUUUUCCUGAAUCGCGACGCUUGAAAGUGAACAAUUAGGUACAUAAAGACCUGCGUGCGCGUGGGGCAAUGCGAGAAUAAAAGAAUGAGUGAGUGAGUUAGAAAGAAAGAGAGAGAGAGAGAGAGAGAGAGAGAGAGAGAGAGAGAGAGAGAGAGUCACUGUGGUCCACUUGUAGCCUUAAUUAUAGAUGGUCGACAUUUUCUUGCGAUUUUUUUUAUUCGCCUACCAGAUUGAUUCUAAAUCGUGAAAUAGUCAUUCCUACAAUAUUUAAAUACGAUUGGAUAACAGGAAAAUAUGUUCCAAAGCCGUCGAAGUUUAACAUGCGAAACUUCAUGAUCACGGAUUCGCAGUUGCGCCAAAUUGGUUCACAUCUACUUAGCAUUUAGUUACAUUUGUAUCGAUUAGCAAAGACACGAUCUCGCUUGAUACAUAUUCGAUCAAAGUACCACUUGCAUUUAAUAAAAAAUAGAAUGGCAUUAGGGGCAACGGUGAAUCCGCGUUCGUUUAGGUAAACUUCAAGGUUGUGUGCAAAUUUCGUUUUCGUAAAUUGAAACUUUUCCGAACCGUUUCUCCAAUAAAUUCCAAAGUAAAGAAAGCAAGGAGCAGCCUAAUAUACAUAAAUGUAUCUUUCAUAUUCUUUAUCUGUAUCUAUAAUUUGUUGUAUUGUUUUCUCUGGUGGAGGCUUACGAUUCGAUUCCAUGUCUAAUUCCGAACAUUUUUACCGGUGACAGAAAAAUACGUAGUACAUAUAUGUAUCAUUGUAUGUACUGUAUCUCUAUAUAUAUAUUUCUGUAUAUAUUAUACUAUUUCAUACCAUCAAA